UCACUUGUGCGAAUAUCACCUCGGUCGCCAUUUGCGCCACGACCACUGUUGGAUACUGAGUGAAAAGUGUAAUUAUAGGUUAUCCGUUAAAGUGCUAAUUUUACAAGUUAAACGUGCAACGAAGUAUCAAUAAUAUAUUGGGAUCACAUUAUUACUACAUAUAGUAUUAGAACGCGCGUGAAGUGUUUAAUUAUUAUCUAGAAGAACAGAAAUGAAAAACAUAAUACCUCAACAAACCAGUGAAAACCUUAUGAUUACAGUGCCUAAAAGUAUAUUUAAUUGUUAAUUGGACUUUAUAUUUAAGUUUAGUUAACGGACAUACUCAGCGAUAAAUUAGUGUGUAAAUUAGUAUAUAUAGUAAGUGUUGCAAGCAUGAAAAUACCAGAGACGGGCAACGUGGGUGCGUAUUAUGGCAACGAGGAGAACGGACAGUGGCAGCCCAACGGCGUGAUAAUAGACAACGGGGUUGGCGGUGGCGUGGUCGGUAGUGGGGACGCGGGGGUGCACCGACCGCCUGUUUAUCCCGUUCACAUGCCAAGGGGGCCUAUGCCUGGUUAUGUAAUGGCGGGUGCAUACUAUGGAGCCGCGUACCCGGCGCCCGCCGCGCCCGCGUCCGACGACUUCGCGGACUACAUGUGGAUGGAGAACGAGGAGGAGUUUGAUAAACAGGUGAUGCAACAGCUCGAAGAAGAAGCACUUAUGGAGCAAUGCAUAGAAGCGAUGCUGGAAGACGAGCAACGGGAGAGACACAGGCCGGUGACGAACGGACACAAUAGCGGGGCCACCACAAGCAACGGCACAACAACGGUGUCGUUACAAGAGGCAGUGUCCCGUUCAACAUUGAACCCGCUAGCUGCUGAGUUCGUGCCGAGCAGGGCUAGACAACCGCCAGAAGAGAAACAAGACCCGCCGGAGACGAAAGCAGAAUCAGAUAAAUCAAAGGAAGACGUGCAGCCGUCUAGCGAAGCUGAGGGCCAGGAGAAGAUAGACGUUAAGGAAGAGAAGAAAGAAGUUUCAGAAUCAUCACCACAACCGGAGACACCGGAAGUCAGCGCAGCCGACGUGCAGCCGAUAGACGACACAGACGCGAAAUCGAAAGAGAAACCCAAGAGCAAAGUAGAUGCAAAGAAACCAAUCAAAGCAGACACCAAAACGAAAGCAAGGAAAGAAGUGAAAGCGAAAAGUGCCCCCAGCGACAAACAAAGCGAGGGCAAGGGUGUGAAGAGCGUGCAAAGUGUCAAAAGUGAAGUGCAAAGUGUACAAAGUGUAAAAAGUGAAGUGCAAAGUGUCAAAAGUGAAGCGCUCAGUGGGAAAAGUGAAGCGAAGAGUGAGGUCAAGUUGAGCGACGAUGAGAAGGACGAUGGUGCGGAUGUUUUGAAGCAAAGCUCACCGCCCCCGUCUGAAGAACCCUCCUCAGGCAUAAAACCGAUAAACUACGCGGCAGCGGCCAAAGCGAAUAAACCAAAAACCACACCACCGCUCACGGAGAAACCACAACCGCAACCCGCGGUUAAAACGGAGAAACCAAAGGAGAAGAAAGAGAAGGUUGCAAUUAAAACCAAAAUAGAAAAACCAACGGCGAAACUUGAGAAACCAGUGCAAAGGAAGAAUUCUACUAAGUAAACUGUGGAAAAGUGAUUGUUGGGUCUGCGUUUCGAAAUUUUUAAUGUACAAAAAUUUGUUUGUAAGUUACGGCUUGUAGGGACGGGCUUCAUGUGGUUUCUUUUGUUAAUGUUGCAGGUUUAUAUAAAAAUUACGUUAAACUAUGGGAUAUGAUAUUUUUUUUAUUUUUUUAAGCUAUUGCAUAGCUUCUAUCGCGGGCCUUGAGCGCGUUGACCGAAUCGAGAAAUUCCGUAACGAAAAUACCUCACGCUCCCCACUCCGACGGGCGGAGGUGUGGCUUGAAGGCAUAGCAUGCAAUAGCGCAACUGCUCCAGUCCCCGAGUGACACACGUAGUUUUUCGUUUUAUGAAAGAUACAGUUCUCAUCUUUGUUUACUUGAAAACUUUCUUUUUUAUUAUCUAUAAACAAAAUAAAAAACUUUAUCUGUUCUCUUAUGAAUUAUUUUUAUGCUUAUUUUCGAAAAUUUCUUUUUCCAUGUUGCCUGUGACAAAAAAAAUAUGAUAAAAACUUAAACCACAUGAAAAUCCGUCAUUUUGAAAUAAAUAUUUGUUGAUGCAUAGACUAUAUAACUUGGUUGAAUCUAAUGUAUUGACUUAGAUGUAAUGAAUUGAAUUUUUUGUCAGAGAACAAAUGAAAUGAUAAAAACAUUAACUGUAAUAAAAAUGAUAAUUUCUAUAGCUUAUGUGUUAUUCUGGUACAUAAGCUACAUCACUGCCAAGUAUCAUCAAAAUCUGUUCAAUUAUUUUCGCGUAAGAGUAAAAAACAUACAUAACAUGUUAGUAGAAUUUUCUAUAAGUAGAUUAGUUCUUUUUGUGAUUUCAAAAGCAUAUUUUUUAUUAUUUUAUGAAAAGGAAGGCUACAUAUUGAGUUUUUCUUUUUAAUAAAAUAAUAAUGUCAAAUAAUUUUAAAAGCUACGUAUAAAAAUGGCGCGAAAACUCGCAAAAGAAGGUAUCAUGUCGUCUCACUCACACACAAGCCGUCGAUCGGCAUCUAUCUCGCUCGCACUCAGAGGAGAUUGUCAAUUAGAAAUCUUUAGUGCAGAGUAUAUAAAAUGUCUAAAUUUUUAUAUUAUCUACUUCCAAAUGAUGGUUAGUGUUUUUAUUAUUUUAUUUGCGUAAAUUUUAAGCCCAGGUCUAAAAAGCAUGUUAAAUGUAGGUACAUGUGUUUUUUCUUUUAGGGAUUUUCAAACUAAUUCUAAUGUAUAAAUAUUAUUAAUUAUGAAAUUUUUAUUAUUAUGUGAAAUAUAUACCUAAUGUGAUAAAUAUCCAAGUUGCAUUUUUUCCUUACGAAAAAAUUAAUAAUUGAAAAAAAAAUAAAAAAAAAAAUGUAAAAAAUGUCCUAAAUAUACGAUAAUGUUGAUGAUAAGUUUAUAAAUUUAAAAAUUAUUAUAUUAGUUGUUAGUUUGUGGGCUGUGCGGUGUUUUUUUUAUGUCAAUUAUUGUGAAUUUUUCAUAUUUUUUUUUCAAUAUGUCGCCAUUGUCGUGUUUACAUCUUUAAGCGCACAUAUUAUCAUUUUAUUAUUAUUUAAAAAGUCACAAAACACUUGAUACCUGAAGUAAAACGAUACAAAAUACUAUUUAGGUUUUAAAACCUAAAAAUAUGAUGAGAAAAUGUUUGUUAAAAUGUCUCAAAAAAUGUUUAUCUUUCGGAUAAUAUAGGUAAUCGUAUCGUUUAUAGAUUCGGGUAAAAAAAUAGGUCAAAAUCUAUCUGUCUUACCACAGAAAACUUUAGACAGGGUUUAUCUUUAAGCGCGGGUUCUCUUUAAUCUGGUUUUGUCGUAUUUCACAUAGACAACCAUUAAAGUGACAGAAGGCUUGCUUAAAGUUAGACUGUGUUUAAAUUGUUUUGUCGUAAGACGAUAGAUGUUUUUCAUUAUACGUCGUGGUGCAAAAACCUCUUGACACAUAAUAAAAAAAAAUGACAGUAAAAAGGCCGUAUAGCCCAUAUUUUAGCAUAAUGCAGUCCAAUAUUCUAUACUAGAUAAUGAAAUUAAAAAAAAAUGUACAUUUACCUAUUAUAAUAUUAAACAAUGUAUAUUGCACGAUUGUGUGAGAUAUUUUAGUGUAGCACUAAGUUUAAAAUUAGUAUUGAAAUGUAGUCAAUAUAUUUUGAUAUUUUCGAAUUGCUAUUAUGAAAAAAAAAAUUGCGGUGUGAACACAGGUUUGGCGCGACAACAGCUGUCAGUGUCAAAUUUGACAGUUGGCGGGAACGGGAGCGCGCUAAAAUGCAACAAAUAUUAUUUUUACAUAAUGUUUUUUUUCUUUUCGUAGAAUUGUAUAGAAAAGUUUAGAUCUGGAUGUGUGAAGGUGAAAUUGUGAUGUAAAAAAGUGCUAAAUCACUUGCUCCGUUUUGUUCGAAUUUUUAUGAAGUGAAACUUCCUUAUCGGGGUUGGAAAAAAAAUUAGUGUAACAUUUUUUCGUUACGCGUGACAUUUUUCCGUUACGCGCCAUCUUUUUCUUGUCCCUACCACGCGUGAUUCGACGUAUUUCUGUAAAGUUGCACAUACUUAGUAAAUUAUUUUUUGAAAAAUAAGGUCAUAAAGAAGUGUCACUUCUUACGUGUGUACACUAGUACACGCACGUUUUUUUUUCGACUAAUGUUUUAUUCUAGGGUAGCAAUGAUAAAAUAAAAAGGUGUAGAUAGGUUACCAACACAAUAUUCGAUCUUUAUAGAUGUCAAAGUAAGAUGGCAUGAUUCAACUAUUGUAAGCGUAAAAGAGACAGAAAAUUGUGGCUAAUAAUUGUAGAGAGCAUAGUAAGAAAAGUUUGGUGCCUGGUAUAACGCAAGCUGUUGUCGCGUCAAAUUAUACAUGGGUUUAGAUUUUAUGUUGCAUAGGGAUGUUUAAUAAUAAUAGAAUAUAAUGAAAGUUAUUGUUUUAUUUAGUUGUAGAAUGUUUUAACAUUAUAUGAAAUAAAUAGCAACCUGGUGACAUAAAUUAUUUUAUGCAUAUAUAAUAAUAGAAGUGGUUUUUGUGCAUUGCGGUUUGUUUUUAGGGUUUUAGAUCAGCUUUCUAUAUUUUGUGUGAAUAUCAAUAUUGUAUGUUGCAUAAUUUUAUUUGACUAUAGCGAGAAUCAAUCAUAAUAUGUUACUUUUUUGUUAGGUUUUUUUUUUCAAAGAAAUUUGACUCGGCAAAAAUAAUAAAUUAUGCAUAAUUUUGUUGUUACAAUACGUAUUUGUAAAUUUUGUAUACUUAGUAUAGCUUGUGCAGUGGCUGUAGGGCGGUGUAGGAAGUGUUGCCACCCUCGUUUUUCUAAAAAGGGCAAGUCGGCACUCAGAAAACGGCGCAAAAUUCAUAAAGGCGUUGUUCAUAAUCACGAAGAAUUUAGUCGCGAGUACCAGUACGCUUAAAAGUGAUAUUUUUGUUGGUUCAAUUACAAUUUUUUAAUAUAAUUACACUGAAUCCGAGCAUUUUGAUUGGUUGACUAAACUUCAUUAACGACUUAACUGAUUUACAUACGCGCAUAAACAAACCUCUCAUGGCAUGGUAAAAGGGCAAAAAAAUACAAAAUCGCCCCCAUUUUCAGUAAUUUUUGACCCAUGUGAAAUAGAGCUUGAUUACCCUUUUGCGGUUAAAGAGUUUAAAAACGGGUUGAUUCCCCGAAAAGGCCUAUCUAGCCCUAUAAGGGCUUAGGUAACACAUACCUAAUGUGCGGUGACGAGCACGAGUUAGAAGUUAGAAAGAGACGGAAUGGUCGGAGCCCUGCAGCCACUGCACAGAAGAUAUAAGAUAAAUAAAAAUUUAGGAAUGUGAUCUAAAACUACAUAAUAUUACAAAUUAAGUUGUUUUUUAGUUUAUAAGAUCGCAUGGAUAUUUGAAUUAUUAAAUUUUCAAAGUUGUAUGUAUUUUGUGUAUAUUUUUAUGUAUGGAUCCGUGCGGUGGAAAAUUUAAUUCUCAGUUUCAUUAUUUAAAAUAAAUUAUAUGUGUAAUAGAAAUGAUUCGUCACAAUUAUAAAUAUCCUAAGUUAGACGGAUUUUGUCAAUAUAUGUACAAUAUGUAACUGAAAA